CUCUUCCUAGCUUCGUCUUGCCACACGAGCUCCCAAGAGGGCCCACGGCGCCCUGAAGUGGCCAAGGAUUGCUCUGGCUGCCCUCCAAGGUGGCUGCAAGACAGCGGCUCCAAGACGGCUCAAGACCGUUCCAAGAUGCUUCCCGUGGCCAUGUGGGCUCAUACCUGCAGGGUUCCCGUGCGCCGCUUCGACGCUGCGCCGCGGGAUUUCCACCGAUGUUCGCCGCUGGAGCGUACCAGUGUCCUGCUCAGGAGCGACGGCACCGCCGUGGCCUGCGCGACGGCACCGCCGUGGCCUGCGGCGAGAACUAUAAUGGCCAGUGCGUCCUUCCAGCAUUGGUCCAGGACUUUUGCUUACGCAGCUCACUUGUUGCCGGUUUUACUCCUGCAGGCAUACUUCGACGGCGGGGCGAUGCGGUUCGUGACUCUGGGCGGGGCGGAGCGUUGUAUAAUCGGAGCGGGGCCCGCUUCUCGCCUUGCAGAUGUCCGCGGCCAGCUGAUGGCAGGCCAACUCCCGGGCAGGCUGGGCCCUCUGGUCCAACAGGUCGACGCGAUCUUGCCAGGGUGCCGGCUGCUCAGCAGCGCCCCGGCCGAAGAGACGGUCGCCGGCGCUUUCGAUUUGGGGCGCGCUCUCCAGAAGUUGUAGAAAAGACCGCCCCAAGAUGCCUCAGGAAUUCUUCAACCGAAUAAUUAGGUGCUCCAGACUGGCGACGAGGCCCGCUAGACGGCGCAAGCGGCCCCAAGACAGCAGAGGCGGCCCCAAGAGGUUGUAGGAUUGCGUGGCGCGGGGCCCCCGGGGAGGCGAACAUCGUCAAAGUCCGAUGGAUCUGCCCUGAUGUGGUUGACGCGCUCCACUCUGCAGCUCCUCGCCGCCGUCCUCCUCGCUGCCCGACGGCGAGGGCGCCGGCGCCGGCGCUCGCCGUCGGGUAGCGAGGACGACGGCGCUCGCCGUGGAGGCUGCCCCGAGAGGGGCCCCGGAGAGCCCCACAGAGGGCCCGGGAGGUCGGCAGGCGCCACGGCCGAGCGGCCGGCCGGCUCGCGCGGUCGCCGAGCGUGCGGCAACAAAAAACAUUCCUCUGCUCUGAGAGCACAUCGUGGCAGGCCUGCAGUAAUGCCGGAACGGUCGGUCCCUGCUCAAUUCGGGUUGCAUGGCCGUGGCAAGGUUGCGCCUGGUGCCCCGGGCGGGGCGCGCUCUGCGGCUCGCACCGAGACGCGUCGAGGCAAUGGCGUCGAGCGCAGCGGCCGCGGAGGAGGCCAGCGGGGUCCAGUCAUUAAGAUCAAGAGGACCCCAUGACCCGAAUAGCACGAUGAAGACAUGGCCUCACUUGGGUCCCCGUCGCCGCAUUAGGGCUCCUAGAUCGGGGCGCUUCGGUCUGAUGCAUCUGCAG